AUGUCACCUUCCUCCCUUGAUCUCACCUUCCUCCUUCAUCUCACCUUCCUCCCUUCAUCUCACCUUCCUCCCUUCAUCUCACCUUCCUCCCUUCAUCUCACCUUCCUCCCUUCAUCUCACCUUCCUCCCUUCAUCUCACCUUCCUCCCUUCAUCUCACCAUCCUCCCUUCAUCUCACCUUCCUCCCUUCAUCUCACCUUCCUCCCUUCAUCUCACCUUCCUCCCUUUAUCUCACCAUCCUCCCUUCGUCUCACCUUCCUCCCUUCAUCUCACCAUCCUCCCUUCGUCUCACCUUCCUCCCUUCGUCUCACCUUCCUCCCUUCAUCUCACCUUCCUCCCUUCAUCUCACCUUCCUCCUUCAUCUCACCUUCCUCCCUUCAUCUCACCUUCCUCCCUUCAUCUCACCUUCCUCCCUUCAUCUCACCUUCCUCCCUUCAUCUCACCUUCCUCCCUUCAUCUCACCUUCCUCCCUUCAUCUCACCUUCCUCCCUUCAUCUCACCAUCCUCCCACCAUCUCACCUUCCUCCCUUCAUCUCACCUUCCUCCUUCAUCUCACCAUCCUCCCUUCAUCUCACCUUCCUCCCUUCAUCUCACCAUCCUCCCAUCAUCUCACCUUCCUCCCUUCAUCUCACCUUCCUCCCUUCAUCUCACCUUCCUCCCUUCAUCUCACCUUCCUCCCUUCAUCUCACCUUCCUCCUUCAUCUCACCUUCCUCCCUUCAUCUCACCUUCCUCCCUUCAUCUCACCAUCCUCCCUUCAUCUCACCUUCCUCCCUUCAUGUCACCUUCCUCCCUUCAUCUCACCUUCCUCCCUUUAUCUCACCAUCCUCCCUUCGUCUCACCUUCCUCCCUUCAUCUCACCUUCCUCCCUUCAUCUCACCUUCCUCCCUUCAUCUCACCUUCCUCCCUUCAUCUCACCUUCCUCCCUUCAUCUCACCUUCCUCCCUUCAUCUCACCAUCCUCCCUUCAUCUCACCUUUCUCCCUUCAUCUCACCUUCCUCCCUUCAUCUCACCUUCCUCCCUUCAUCUCACCUUCCUCCUUCAUCUCACCUUCCUCCCUUCAUCUCACCUUCCUCCCUUCAUCUCACCUUCCUCCCUUCAUCUCACCAUCCUCCCUUCAUCUCACCUUCCUCCCUUCAUCUCACCUUCCUCCUUCAUCUCACCUUCCUCCCUUUAUCUCACCAUCCUCCCUUCAUCUCACCUUCCUCCCUUCAUCUCACCAUCCUCCCAUCAUCUCACCUUCCUCCCUUCAUCUCACCUUCCUCCCUUUAUCUCACCUUCCUCCCUUCAUCUCACCUUCCUCCCUUCAUCUCACCCUCCUCCCUUCAUCUCACCUUCCUCCCUUCAUCUCACCUUCCUCCCUUCAUCUCACAUUCCUCCCUUCAUCUCACCAUCCUCCCUUCAUCUCACCUUCCUCCCUUCAUCUCACCUUCCUCCCUUCAUCUCACCUUCCUCCCUUCAUCUCACCUUCCUCCCUUCAUCUCACCUUCCUCCCUUCAUCUCACCUUCCUCCCUUCAUCUCACCUUCCUCCCUUUAUCUCACCAUCCUCCCUUCAUCUCACCUUCCCCCCUUCAUCUCACCUUCCUCCCUUCAUCUCACCUUCCUCCCUUCAUCUCACCAUCCUCCCUUCAUCUCACCUUCCUCCCUUCAUCUCACCUUCCUCCCUUCAUCUCACCUUCCUCCCUUUAUCUCACCAUCCUCCCUUCGUCUCACCUUCCUCCCUUCAUGUCACCUUCCUCCCUUCAUCUCACCUUCUUCCUUCAUCUCACCUUCCUCCCUUCAUCUCACCUUCCUCCCUUCAUCUCACCUUCCUCCCUUCAUCUCACCUUCCUCCCUUCAUCUCACCUUCCUCCCUUCAUCUCACCUUCCUCCCUUCAUCUCACCUUCCUCCCUUCAUCUCACCAUCCUCCCUUCAUCUCACCUUCCUCCCUUCAUCUCACCUUCCUCCCUUCAUCUCACCUUCCUCCCUUUAUCUCACCAUCCUCCCUUCGUCUCACCUUCCUCCCUUCAUCUCACCAUCCUCCCUUCGUCUCACCUUCCUCCCUUCAUCUCACCUUCCUCCCUUUAUCUCACCAUCCUCCCUUCGUCUCACCUUCCUCCCUUCAUCUCACCUUCCUCCCUUCAUCUCACCUUCCUCCCUUCAUCUCACCUUCCUCCCUUCAUCUCACCUUCCUCCCUUCAUCUCACCUUCCUCCCUUCAUCUCACCAUCCUCCCUUCAUCUCACCUUUCUCCCUUCAUCUCACCUUCCUCCCUUCAUCUCACCUUCCUCCCUUCAUCUCACCUUCCUCCCUUCAUCUCACCAUCCUCCCUUCAUCUCACCUUCCUCCCUUCAUCUCACCUUCCUCCCUUUAUCUCACCAUCCUCCCUUCAUCUCACCUUCCUCCCUUCAUCUCACCUUCCUCCCUUCAUCUCACCAUCCUCCCUUCAUCUCACCUUCCUCCCUUCAUCUCACCUUCCUCCCUUCAUCUCACCUUCCUCCCUUCAUCUCACCUUCCUCCCUUCAUCUCACCUUCCUCCCUUCAUCUCACCUUCCUCCCUUCAUCUCACCUUCCUCCCUUCAUCUCACCUUCCUCCCUUCAUCUCACCUUCCUCCCUUCAUCUCACCUUCCUCCCUUCAUCUCACCAUCCUCCCUUCAUCUCACCUUCCUCCCUUCAUCUCACCUUCCUCCCUUCAUCUCACCUUCCUCCCUUUAUCUCACCAUCCUCCCUUCGUCUCACCUUCCUCCCUUCAUCUCACCAUCCUCCCUUCGUCUCACCUUCCUCCCUUCAUCUCACCUUCCUCCCUUCAUCUCACCUUCCUCCCUUCAUCUCACCUUCCUCCUUCAUCUCACCUUCCUCCCUUCAUCUCACCUUCCUCCCUUCAUCUCACCUUCCUCCCUUCAUCUCACCUUCCUCCCUUCAUCUCACCUUCCUCCCUUCAUCUCACCUUCCUCCCUUCAUCUCACCAUCCUCCCUUCAUCUCACCUUCCUCCCUUCAUCUCACCUUCCUCCUUCAUCUCACCUUCCUCCCUUUAUCUCACCAUCCUCCCUUCAUCUCACCUUCCUCCCUUCAUCUCACCAUCCUCCCUUCAUCUCACCUUCCUCCCUUCAUCUCACCUUCCUCCCUUCAUCUCACCUUCCUCCCUUCAUCUCACCUUCCUCCCUUCAUCUCACCUUCCUCCCUUUAUCUCACCUUCCUCCCUUCAUCUCACCUUCCUCCCUUCAUCUCACCCUCCUCCCUUCAUCUCACCUUCCUCCCUUCAUCUCACCUUCCUCCCUUCAUCUCACAUUCCUCCCUUCAUCUCACCAUCCUCCCUUCAUCUCACCAUUCCUCCCUUCAUCUCACCUUCCUCCCUUCAUCUCACCUUCCUCCCUUCAUCUCACCUUCCUCCCUUCAUCUCACCUUCCUCCCUUCAUCUCACCUUCCUCCCUUCAUCUCACCUUCCUCCCUUUAUCUCACCAUCCUCCCUUCAUCUCACCUUCCGCCCUUCAUCUCACCUUCCUCCCUUCAUCUCACCUUCCUCCCUUCAUCUCACCAUCCUCCCUUCAUCUCACCUUCCUCCCUUCAUCUCACCUUCCUCCCUUCAUCUCACCUUCCUCCCUUUAUCUCACCAUCCUCCCUUCGUCUCACCUUCCUCCCUUCAUGUCACCUUCCUCCCUUCAUCUCACCUUCUUCCUUCAUCUCACCUUCCUCCCUUCAUCUCACCUUCCUCCCUUCAUCUCACCUUCCUCCCUUCAUCUCACCUUCCUCCCUUCAUCUCACCUUCCUCCCUUCAUCUCACCUUCCUCCCUUCAUCUCACCUUCCUCCCUUCAUCUCACCAUCCUCCCUUCAUCUCACCUUCCUCCCUUCAUCUCACCUUCCUCCCUUCAUCUCACCUUCCUCCCUUUAUCUCACCAUCCUCCCUUCGUCUCACCUUCCUCCCUUCAUCUCACCAUCCUCCCUUCGUCUCACCUUCCUCCCUUCAUCUCACCUUCCUCCCUUUAUCUCACCAUCCUCCCUUCGUCUCACCUUCCUCCCUUCAUCUCACCUUCCUCCCUUCAUCUCACCUUCCUCCCUUCAUCUCACCUUCCUCCCUUCAUCUCACCUUCCUCCCUUCAUCUCACCUUUCUCCCUUCAUCUCACCAUCCUCCCUUCAUCUCACCUUUCUCCCUUCAUCUCACCUUCCUCCCUUCAUCUCACCUUCCUCCCUUCAUCUCACCUUCCUCCCUUCAUCUCACCAUCCUCCCUUCAUCUCACCUUCCUCCCUUCAUCUCACCUUCCUCCCUUUAUCUCACCAUCCUCCCUUCAUCUCACCUUCCUCCCUUCAUCUCACCUUCCUCCCUUCAUCUCACCAUCCUCCCUUCAUCUCACCUUCCUCCCUUCAUCUCACCUUCCUCCCUUCAUCUCACCUUCCUCCCUUCAUCUCACCUUCCUCCCUUCAUCUCACCUUCCUCCCUUCAUCUCACCUUCCUCCCUUCAUCUCACCUUCCUCCCUUCAUCUCACCUUCCUCCCUUCAUCUCACCUUCCUCCCUUCAUCUCACCUUCCUCCCUUCAUCUCACCAUCCUCCCUUCAUCUCACCUUCCUCCCUUCAUCUCACCUUCCUCCCUUCAUCUCACCUUCCUCCCUUUAUCUCACCAUCCUCCCUUCGUCUCACCUUCCUCCCUUCAUCUCACCAUCCUCCCUUCGUCUCACCUUCCUCCCUUCAUCUCACCUUCCUCCCUUCAUCUCACCUUCCUCCCUUCAUCUCACCUUCCUCCUUCAUCUCACCUUCCUCCCUUCAUCUCACCUUCCUCCCUUCAUCUCACCUUCCUCCCUUCAUCUCACCUUCCUCCCUUCAUCUCACCUUCCUCCCUUCAUCUCACCUUCCUCCCUUCAUCUCACCUUCCUCCCUUCAUCUCACCAUCCUCCCUUCAUCUCACCUUCCUCCCUUCAUCUCACCUUCCUCCUUCAUCUCACCUUCCUCCCUUUAUCUCACCAUCCUCCCUUCAUCUCACCUUCCUCCCUUCAUCUCACCAUCCUCCCUUCAUCUCACCUUCCUCCCUUCAUCUCACCUUCCUCCCUUCAUCUCACCUUCCUCCCUUCAUCUCACCUUCCUCCCUUCAUCUCACCUUCCUCCCUUUAUCUCACCUUCCUCCCUUCAUCUCACCUUCCUCCCUUCAUCUCACCCUCCUCCCUUCAUCUCACCUUCCUCCCUUCAUCUCACCUUCCUCCCUUCAUCUCACAUUCCUCCCUUCAUCUCACCAUCCUCCCUUCAUCUCACCUUCCUCCCUUCAUCUCACCUUCCUCCCUUCAUCUCACCUUCCUCCCUUCAUCUCACCUUCCUCCCUUCAUCUCACCUUCCUCCCUUCAUCUCACCUUCCUCCCUUCAUCUCACCUUCCUCCCUUUAUCUCACCAUCCUCCCUUCAUCUCACCUUCCGCCCUUCAUCUCACCUUCCUCCCUUCAUCUCACCUUCCUCCCUUCAUCUCACCAUCCUCCCUUCAUCUCACCUUCCUCCCUUCAUCUCACCUUCCUCCCUUCAUCUCACCUUCCUCCCUUUAUCUCACCAUCCUCCCUUCGUCUCACCUUCCUCCCUUCAUGUCACCUUCCUCCCUUCAUCUCACCUUCUUCCUUCAUCUCACCUUCCUCCCUUCAUCUCACCUUCCUCCCUUCAUCUCACCUUCCUCCCUUCAUCUCACCUUCCUCCCUUCAUCUCACCUUCCUCCCUUCAUCUCACCUUCCUCCCUUCAUCUCACCUUCCUCCCUUCAUCUCACCAUCCUCCCUUCAUCUCACCUUCCUCCCUUCAUCUCACCUUCCUCCCUUCAUCUCACCUUCCUCCCUUUAUCUCACCAUCCUCCCUUCGUCUCACCUUCCUCCCUUCAUCUCACCAUCCUCCCUUCGUCUCACCUUCCUCCCUUCAUCUCACCUUCCUCCCUUUAUCUCACCAUCCUCCCUUCGUCUCACCUUCCUCCCUUCAUCUCACCUUCCUCCCUUCAUCUCACCUUCCUCCCUUCAUCUCACCUUCCUCCCUUCAUCUCACCUUCCUCCCUUCAUCUCACCUUCCUCCCUUCAUCUCACCAUCCUCCCUUCAUCUCACCUUUCUCCCUUCAUCUCACCUUCCUCCCUUCAUCUCACCUUCCUCCCUUCAUCUCACCUUCCUCCCUUCAUCUCACCAUCCUCCCUUCAUCUCACCUUCCUCCCUUCAUCUCACCUUCCUCCCUUUAUCUCACCAUCCUCCCUUCAUCUCACCUUCCUCCCUUCAUCUCACCUUCCUCCCUUCAUCUCACCAUCCUCCCUUCAUCUCACCUUCCUCCCUUCAUCUCACCUUCCUCCCUUCAUCUCACCUUCCUCCCUUCAUCUCACCUUCCUCCCUUCAUCUCACCUUCCUCCCUUCAUCUCACCUCAUCUCACCUUCCUCCCUUCAUCUCACCUUCCUCCCUUCAUCUCACCUUCCUCCCUUCAUCUCACCUUCCUCCCUUCAUCUCACCAUCCUCCCUUCAUCUCACCUUCCUCCCUUCAUCUCACCUUCCUCCCUUCAUCUCACCUUCCUCCCUUUAUCUCACCAUCCUCCCUUCGUCUCACCUUCCUCCCUUCAUCUCACCAUCCUCCCUUCGUCUCACCUUCCUCCCUUCAUCUCACCUUCCUCCCUUCAUCUCACCUUCCUCCCUUCAUCUCACCUUCCUCCUUCAUCUCACCUUCCUCCCUUCAUCUCACCUUCCUCCCUUCAUCUCACCUUCCUCCCUUCAUCUCACCUUCCUCCCUUCAUCUCACCUUCCUCCCUUCAUCUCACCUUCCUCCCUUCAUCUCACCUUCCUCCCUUCAUCUCACCAUCCUCCCUUCAUCUCACCUUCCUCCCUUCAUCUCACCUUCCUCCUUCAUCUCACCUUCCUCCCUUUAUCUCACCAUCCUCCCUUCAUCUCACCUUGCUCCCUUCAUCUCACCAUCCUCCCUUCAUCUCACCUUCCUCCCUUCAUCUCACCUUCCUCCCUUCAUCUCACCUUCCUCCCUUCAUCUCACCUUCCUCCCUUCAUCUCACCUUCCUCCUUCAUCUCACCUUCCUCCCUUCAUCUCACCUUCCUCCCUUCAUCUCACCAUCCUCCCUUCAUCUCACCUUCCUCCCUUCAUCUCACCUUCCUCCCUUCAUCUCACCUUCCUCCCUUCAUCUCACCUUCCUCCCUUCAUCUCACCUUCCUCCCUUCAUCUCACCAUCCUCCCUUCAUCUCACCUUCCUUCCUUUAUCUCACCUUCCUCCCUUCAUCUCACCUUCCUCCCUUCAUCUCACCUUCCUCCCUUCAUCUCACCUUCCUCCCUUCAUCUCAUCUUCCUCCCUUCAUCUCACCUUCCUCCCUUCAUCUCACCUUCCUCCCUUCAUACCCCCUUCCUCGCUUCAUCCCCCCUUCCUUGCUUCAUCCCCCUCUGCUCUUCAUACACCGCCAAUAUCCUCCUCCUGCCCCCACCCCUGCCCUCAAACGGUCCCACCCCUGCCCUCAAACGGUCCCACCCCUGCCCUCAAACGGUCCCACCCCUGCCAUCAAACGGUCCCACCCCUGCCCUCAAACGGUCCCACCCCUGCCCUCAAACGGUCCCACCCCUUCCCUCAAACGGUCCCACCCCUUCCCUCAAACGGUCCCACCCCUUCCCUCAAACGGUCCCACCCCUUCCCUCAAACGGUCCCACACCUUCCCUCCAACGGCCCCUCUCAACACCCCUGCAUGCAGCAACUACGACUCUACCGUUGCCUGCCCUGCCAGUGACACCCCGUGCUCGCUGGAGCAGAGAGAGCGCAGCGAGUUCUGCCCCGCCUGUGGUUUGAGACGUCUCAAACCCCCUCUCACCCACCUCUCACCCCCCUCUCACCCCCAUCUCACCCACCUCUCACCCCCCUCUCACCUCCAUCUCCUGCCCUCUCCCUUGCCCUCUCGCUUCGCCCCUGCAUGCAGAAACUACGAUGCUACCGUGGCCUGUCCGGCCAGCAACACCUCGUGUGUGGUGGAGCAGAGAGAGAGUAGCGAGUUCUGCACCGCCUGUGCCGCCUUCUGCUCCUCCUGCAUCCCUCCUGCCCCUGGAGCCAUCGUGGGCAUCGUGGUGGGCGUGCUGCUCUUCAUUGUUGGCACCAUUGCUGUUGUCUUCAUUGUCAUUCAGUGUGGCAAGAGGUCCAAAGAGGUGGAGGUGGAAUACACGACUCAAGCUACAGGAGCAUACGCAGGGGAUAACCAGUACAACAAGCCCCAGGGUGCUUAUGCUGGUUACCAGCCUGGUGCUGCCGGCCAGGUGUAG